CUAGGAUGUACACUCCCUCAGGUAGGCUAGUGGACCACCCCUGCACUAGGAUGUACACUCCCUCAGGUAGGCUAGUGGACCACUCCUAUAGUAGGAUGUACACUCCCUCAGGUAUUCUAGUCGACCACUCCUGCACUAGGAUGUACACUCCCUCAGGUAGGCUAGUGGACCACUCCUGCACUAGAAUGUACACUCCCUCAGGAAGGCUAGUGGACCACUCCUGUACUAGGAUGUACACUCCCUCAGGUAGGCUAGUGGACCACUCCUGCACUAGGAUGUACACUCCCUCAGGUAGGCUAGUGGACCACUCCUGCACUAGGAUGUACACUCCCUCAGGUAGGCUAGUGGACCACUCCUGCACUAGGAUGUACACUCCGUCAGGUAGUCUAGUGGACCACUCCUGCACUAGGAUGUACACUCCGUCAGGUAGUCUAGUGGACCACUCCUGCACUAGGAUGUACACUCCCUCAGGUAGGCUAGUGGACCACUCCUGCACUAGGAUGUACACUCCCUCAGGUAGACUAGUGGACCACUCCUGCACUAGGAUGUACACUCCCUCAGGUAGGCUAGUGGACCACUCCUGCAAUAGGAUGUACACUCCCUCAGGUAGGCUAGUGGACCACCCCUGCACUAGGAUGUACACUCCGUUCGGUAGGCUAGUGGACCACUCCUGCACUAGGAUGUACACUCCCUCAGGUAGGCUAGUGGACCACUCCUGUACUAGGAUGUACACUCCCUCAGGUAGGCUAGUGGACCACUCCUGUACUAGGAUGUACACUCCCUCAGGUAGGCUAGUGGACCACUCCUGUACUAGGAUGUACACUCCCUCAGGUAGGCUAGUGGACCACUCCUGUACUAGGAUGUACACUCCCUCAGGAAGGCUAGUGGACCACCCCUGCACUAGGAUGUACACUCCCUCAGGUAGGCUAGUGGACCACUCCUGCACUAGGAUGUACACUCCCUCAGGUAGGCUAGUGGACCACUCCUGCACUAGGAUGUACACUCCCUCAGGUGGGCUAGUGGACCACCCCUGCACUAGGAUGUACACUCCCUCAGGAAGGCUAGUGGACCACUCCUGCACUAGGAUGUACACUCCCUCAGGUAGGCUAGUGGACCACUCCUGCACUAGGAUGUACACUCCCUCAGGUAGGCUAGUGGACCACUCCUGCAAUAGGAUGUACACUCCCUCAGGUAGGCUAGUGGACCACCCCUGCACUAGGAUGUACACUCCGUUCGGUAGGCUAGUGGACCACUCCUGCACUAGGAUGUACACUCCCUCAGGAAGGCUAGUGGACCACCCCUGCACUAGGAUGUACACUCCCUCAGGUAGGCUAGUGGACCACUCCUGCACUAGGAUGUACACUCCCUCAGGUAGGCUAGUGGACCACUCCUGCACUAGGAUGUACACUCCCUCAGGUGGGCUAGUGGACCACCCCUGCACUAGGAUGUACACUCCCUCAGGAAGGCUAGUGGACCACUCCUGCACUAGGAUGUACACUCCCUCAGGUAGGCUAGUGGACCACUCCUGCACUAGGAUGUACACUCCGUCAGGUAGGCUAGUGGACCACUCCUGCACUAGGAUGUACACUCCCUCAGGUAGGCUAGUGGACCACUCCUGCACUAGGAUGUACACUCCCUCAGGUAGGCUAGUGGACCACUCCUGCACUAGGAUGUACACUCCGUCAGGUAGUCUAGUGGACCACUCCUGCACUAGGAUGUACACUCCGUCAGGUAGUCUAGUGGACCACUCCUGCACUAGGAUGUACACUCCCUCAGGUAGGCUAGUGGACCACUCCUGCACUAGGAUGUACACUCCCUCAGGUAGACUAGUGGACCACCCCUGCACUAGGAUGUACACUCCCUCAGGUAGGCUAGUGGACCACUCCUGCACUAGGAUGUACACUCCCUCAGGUAGGCUAGUGGACCACUCCUGCAAUAGGAUGUACACUCCCUCAGGUAGGCUAGUGGACCACUCCUGCACUAGGAUGUACACUCCCUCAGGUAGGCUAGUGGACCACCCCUGCACUAGGAUGUACACUCCGUUCGGUAGGCUAGUGGACUACUCCUGCACUAGGAUGUACACUCCCUCAGGUAGACUAGUGGACCACUCCUGCACUAGGAUGUACACUCCCUCAGGUAGGCUAGUGGACCACUCCUGCACUAGGAUGUACACUCCCUCAGGUAGGCUAGUGGACCACUCCUGCACUAGGAUGUACACUCCCUCAGGUAGGCUAGUGGAUCACUCCUGCACUAGGAUGUACACUCCCUCAGGAAGGCUAGUGGACCACUCCUGCACUAGGAUGUACACUCCCUCAGGUAGGCUAGUGGACCACUCCUGCACUAGGAUGUACACUCCCUCAGGAAGGCUAGUGGACCACUCCUGCACUAGGAUGUACACUCCCUCAGGUAGGCUAGUGGACCACUCCUGCACUAGGAUGUACACUCCGUCAGGUAGGCUAGUGGACCACCCCUGCACUAGGAUGUACACUCCCUCAGGUAGGCUAGUGGACCACUCCUGCACUAGGAUGUACACUCCCUCAGGUAGGCUAGUGGACCACUCCUGCACUAGGAUGUACACUCCCUCAGGAAGGCUAGUGGACCACUCCUGCACUAGGAUGUACACUCCCUCAGGAAGGCUAGUGGACCACUCCUGCACUAGGAUGUACACUCCCUCAGGUAUUCUAGUGGACCACUCCUGCACUAGGAUGUACACUCCCUCAGGUAGGCUAGUGGACCACUCCUGCACUAGAAUGUACACUCCCUCAGGUAGCCUAGUGGACCACUCCUGCACUAGGAUGUACACUCUCUCAGGUUGAGUGCUUUUAUUUGCCUGAAGAUGUUUUAUAUCCAUUUGAUGGUUUCCUGUUUCCUGU